AUGCGGUGCCUCGUCGCGCUCCCGGCGGUCGCCGUCCCCAGCCGCGGCUCACAUCCUAACCUCAAACCCCGCCGCAGAAGCACUCUAGUAGCUAUCCUUGGGAGAUGCCGCUGCGGCCGCCGCCACCUCCUUGGUGCAUCCUCUGCCGCCGGCCUCCUCCAUCUCGUCAACCCCCCGUGCCUCGCCGCCCCAGCCAUCGACCCCGCCGUGAUGCUUGAACGGGUGCACCCAGCGAGGCCUGGCUGGUACGAGAAGCUUUACGCGACGGCCAUGGACAAGGGCAUGCAGUCUUAUGAAGCCGAGAUUGCGCAGUAUAAAUCGAAUCUCUUCUCCCAAUUGUCAGUUGCGGGGGAGAACAUUCUGGAGCUUGGCGUUGGGACAGGCCCCAACUUAAAGUACUAUGCAAGUGCUGAUGGUGUAAAUGUAACUGGGGUAGAUCCUAACAUGUACAUGGAGGAGUAUUCUAGAGCAGCAGCAAAUUCUGCCGGGCUUCCGCAAUCAAAUUUCACUUUCAGAAGAGGGGUCGCCGAAGCUUUGCCAGCAGAGGAUGAUUCCAUGGAUGCAGUUAUUGGUACAUUGGUGCUGUGUUCGGUAAAGGACACUGAUAUGGCAUUAAGAGAAAUAAAGAGAGUCCUAAAGCCCGGUGGUCUCUACCUAUUCAUUGAGCAUGUUGCUGCAGCAGACAUAUGUCCCUGUGCUGCUGUGCAUUGCUUGAUUUCCUGCUCAUUUUGUCCGCUCGUAGAUGGUUCCUUCCUCCAGUUCGUGCAAGGUGCCCUUGAUCCUCUGCAGCAAUUUGUCGCUGACGGGUGCCACCUCACCAGGAAAACAGCUGAAAACAUCAAGGAAGCCGGGUUCUCGAGCUUGAGCCUGAACGCGGUGCGCCUGUCAUCUGCAUAUAUCGUUAGCCCCCAUGUUUAUGGUGUAGCCUAUAAAUGA